AUGAACUCUUCAGUGCAUCCUGUGGCGCAACUGUCUGUCAACCUAACCAAUGUUAGCCGCGUUAUGGAGGACUGGAAUGACAUCGCCCAGACACCUGCUGAUGCUCCCUCCCUGAAGGCCGGGCUGCUGUACAAUGCCAACAACAAUGCCUCUUUGGGGACCUGGAGAGGCCUGAAGAGCCCUUCCCUUGCCUCCGCUGUCUCCCACUCCAAACUGAGCUACCUGGAACGUGUGGUGCUGGAGAUUGUGGAGUCGGAGCGUAUGUACGUGCGGGAUUUACGAAGUAUUGUAGAGAAUUACUUGGGGAAGAUUAUAGAUACUCAAGAGCUGCUUCUGCUGCCAGAGCAAGUCAGCGCACUCUUCGGAAACAUUGAGGAUAUCUAUGAAUUAAAUAGUGAGCUCCUGCAGGACCUUGACAGCUGCCACAAUGACCCUGUUGCCGUGGCGAGGUGUUUUGUGGACAGGAGCCAGGACUUUGAUAUCUACACUCAGUACUGCAACAACUACCCAAACUCUGUGGCAGCUCUGACCGAAUGCAUGAGGAAUAAACAACUGGCCAAAUUCUUUCGCGAGAGGCAAGAACAAAUCCGUCACUCAUUGCCUCUUGGUUCCUACCUCCUCAAGCCUGUCCAGCGCAUCCUGAAAUAUCACCUUCUCCUCCAGGAAAUAGCAAAGCAUUUUGACUUGGAACAGGAUGGCUAUGAAGUGGUAGAAGAGGCAAUUGACACCAUGACAUGUGUGGCUUGGUACAUCAAUGACAUGAAAAGGAAACAUGAGCAUGCCGUGCGAUUGCAGGAAAUUCAGUCAUUGCUAAUUAAUUGGAAAGGCCCGGACUUGACAACCUAUGGGGAGCUAGUCUUAGAGGGUACCUUUCGUGUUCAUCGGGUCAAGAAUGAGAGAACUUUCUUCUUGUUUGACAAAAUCUUUCUGAUAACAAAGAAGCGGGGUGAUCACUAUGUAUACAAGAACCACAUUCCAUGCUCCUCCUUGAUGCUGAUCGAGAGCACCCGAGAUUCACUCUGCUUCACCAUCACCCAUUACAAGCAUAGCAAGCAGCAGUACAACAUCCAGGCAAAAUCAGCGGAGGACAAGCGGGUUUGGACUCACCACAUCAAACGUCUGAUCCUAGAAAAUCACCAUGCCAUCAUCCCCCAGAAAGCCAAAGAAGCCAUCUUGGAAAUGGAUUCCUACUAUCCUCCUCGCUACAAAUACAGUCCAGAGCGUCUUAAGAAGGCCUGGUCAUACCAACAGACAGAAGACAUUCCUCAGCAAGCCCGGCAGGGGCGUCGGCAGUCAGAACCUUUCCAUGGCAAAAACUGUGCUGAGAAGCUCCUAGAUGGACUCCACAGCUCUGCUUCACAGCAUAACUGCCGCCGAAAAUCUGAGCCAACAAAACAAAUCCUCAAGCAACUGAACAGCAAAGGACUAAAGCACGCAGAUAGUGAUGGUGCUCUUCUGGAGUUUGGGGAGCCCCCACAGCCCUCCGGCAGCUUGUCCCGACAGGAGGAGCAGCAGCAGACCUUUCCCCAGGAACGUCUGGAAGAGUUGGCUGAAAGUGAUGGCAGCGAGAAGGAGAUGGGGCCGGAGGAAGCAGAGGAGGAGGAGGAAGAGGAGGAGAGGCUGGUAGGAACGGAGCAGGUGGCAGAUUUUGCAAGCUCCUUGAUGGCAGUCCUCCACUGCUGGCACUAUCGGGCCAACGCUUUGCUUUUCUCCUGGGGCAGCACGGGCAAGGGUCACAAGGCUCAAGAAGGGCGCAAACAAUGCCAGUCUCCAGGAAGCAGUGAGAAAACCCCGAUCAUGGAGGCUGCCUCCUCGGUCCUGAAGGCUCGAUCAGCGACGGAGCUCGACAGGGUGGCAGAGGGUUCUUCCUGUAAGGAAGAGUGCCCAGAAGAGAAUCCUUCAGACCCUGAGUCAACAAGUCCUCCCGAGUCAGCCUUGGCAGACCAACAUGGAGUCCUGCUGCAUCAGCAUACAGAUGGUCUGGAGCCCACUGAAAAUGUUGAAAAGCCACUUAGUAGUGAGGAGGAGGAAGAGGAGGAGGAAGAAGAGGAGGGAAGUGUGCCCUCGCCCAGAAGCAUCCUUCCUCUCUCUGUGCUAGAUCAGGCUAGUAUUAUUGCUGAGCGUUUUACUAGUAGCCUGUCUCGUCGAAGCAGCCUGGCUCUAGAGGAGGGGAAAGACUACCUGACCCCCAAGCAGGCUAGUCGGAGUGGUAGCAUCCUAAGCCUGGAUGGCAGCGAGAAGGCCACCUGCCGCAACAGCGGCACCACCGAGCCCCAGAACUGCAGCCUGCCGCAAGAGCCCCCAGCUGAGCCCAGCAGUGCCUGCAGCGAGCCUCGCUCACCUGGCCCAGUUGAAAUUGACCGCGCUUUCUGCAGGCGGAAGGAGUCCAUGCUGUCUCAGCAGGACCGGCUGCUUUUAGAUAAGAUCAAGAGCUACUACGAUUAUGCUGAGCAUCAAGAUGCUGGCUUCAGCAUCAGGCGGAGGGAGAGCCUGUCCUACAUUCCCAAAGGGCUGGUGAGGAACUCUGUCUUCAGGAUCAACAGCCUCCCACAGGCGGAACCCAAGCAGGAAGUGAGGAAGAGACUGGGAACCUCUGUUGGCAGUGGGGCCUGUCGGACGGCAGCCUGGAUACUCUCAAAUAGGCCUGCUGUUCGGCCCCAGGCUGCCUGCUCUGAGCCAGGCCAUGAGGAGAACCCUCAGCCCAUCAGUGAAGUGGAAUUCAGGCCACCUGCUGAGAUGAUUAAAGUCUGGGAGGAGAUGGAGAAGUCCAGCAGACAGCUGUGGAAUGGAAAGGCUGCAGAUGGUGGCAGGGCAAAUGGACGUUGUGCUGAACCUUCUUUGAGAAACAGGCUCAAGAGCCAAGAGAAUGGCUUUGACCUCCAUGAGCCGCUUCUCAUCCUGGAGGAUGAGGAUCUCGGAGCUAUAACAGAGGAAUCUGCUGUGCCCUCCCCAGAGAAUAAGUCCCCUGUGGAACAAGCUGUACCCUCCAGAGUGCCCUGGAAACUAAUGCAAGAGCUGCGGAGUUAUGAGCCAGACCAGUGUCUCCCUCAGCUGCACCCCCGCAUCAUGCAGCUAGCCCACCUGACAGAAGCAGAGCUGACAGAGAAGAUGAAGAACAAGGUGUACCAGCUGGCCCGCCAGUACAGCCUGCGAAUCAAGGGCCACAAGCCUGAAGUGCACAGGCGGCUUACUGAACUGGAGGAGGAAAUGAAAGGCGGUGCUUUGACUGGCCAGCAGGAAGCAGACAAGAAGGGCAAGGGCAAGUGGAAGCCGGUGUUGUCCCUCCUGAAUUAUGAGCAAGUUGUGCUGCAGGAAUCGAGUCCACUGACGCUGCUUUCCUCUUCGUCACAUGAGAAGUCGCCCAAGCGCUUCUCUUUCAGCCCCUGCUCCACCAGCCCCCGGCUCACUUCCCCCACUAGUUCCCUAUUGCGUAGCCCCAUCAGUCCUGUCAUAGCUGAGAAAUUCAGCUGGCCUGAUGUGCAGGAGCUGAGGUCCAAGUAUUCCUGUCACGCAAGAGCUGAGAAGGGCCGGUCUCUGCCUGUCAACAGGAGCCGCUCAGCCCCUGAGAAAAUGAUGGAUACUGAUAGGAUGCUGGAACACCAGUGCUCAAAGGAAAAUGAGAAAAGGGAGAAAUCCCAGCAGGGGAGGACCCAGAGCGGCAGGGGGGCAGUAAGGGAGACAUCAGCCGACUUUCUUCCUAAGUCCUAUGGCUGUGAUGCUCAAGAGCGAUUGUGUGUCACGGCUGAAGCCCCUCUGGAGAACAGCCAUCAGGUGAUAGUCAUGGAGAAGCUACCGGGUGCUGCCGGUGAGCCCGAUGACAGCUAUGUGCAGAUCCGCUCCCCUACAUCUCGGGAGAAGAUCUCUCUCAAGGCUGUGGUGGAGCGGUGCAAGGCCUACCAGGACUCGGAGGAGUACCGCAAGCGUGAGGAGGGCAUUCAGGAAGCAGCUCCCCAGAAGACACCACAGCAGUUGUGGUGGGAGAAAACAGACAGCAACCAGCAGAGCCUGGUGAAGAACCUGCGGGAGAAAUUCCAGACCCUUAAUCCCAACAGUUGAGCAUAGGUGCACCUCUUACUCCCUUGCCACUAAAACCUAUUCAGAACUGGGAAGCUGUGGAGUCAGCCUUUGAGGAAAUAAUGAUAAUUCUCACCAGCUUCUUGGG